AGAUUUAGAUCAUGCUAAAUACCUCAAGCAAAGGAUUGUGUUGCAAUGCUGUGGUCAUCUGCAUGGAAGUAUACAGCCUCGGGAGAAACGAGAGGGCAGAAGGCGCCUGCGAUCUCCUGGCCAUUACGUGAGUCGGCAAAGCCUUCGACUGUAGAUGAGACGAAGGCGUUUCACAGGCCUCCAGUUGCUCCGCUGCGUCUGGGCGGCAAGGGCAGCACAGGAAGUGCGAGGCACUCGCAGGGCACCCCAAGGUCAGCUCCGAGGAACCUGUCCGCAAUGAGGAUGUCCUGGCCUAGUCUCGAAAUUGGGCGAGGUGAUGUUGAAGCACUGGACUGGUGGUUCUACGAGAUCGAAUCCCGGCUUUCCCAUGCAGCCCCUGAUGCCAGGUGUUUGUAUCCUUGGCUUCGGCAAGCUCCAAGCUUUCAUGAGGUGGAAAAGGAGCUAUCUAGCCCCUUUACUUUCAAAAACUUCAAGGAGGGCUGGAACUUCUCAGACUCGUCCAGUUUCUCUGCCUGGUACGAGGAGCAAGCAACCAGAAGUUCACAUGUUGGUACUGAGGUUGAGAUGCCUCACCUACCCUCCUCCGAGACCAAACUCCCGAUGCCAGAGGGAGUUUUCGGAGGCCGUGCUGGACCCCCAGAAUCGGAGAAACCGCGGAUGGGAACAGAACCAAGGAGAGUUUCCAGUGGAAGCCUUCGCCAGCCACUGGCAGCAGGUGACUCACUGCGAGGCUCGCGUGGCGCCCUGAGAAGCUUGCCCAUGCCCCCACGGUACCGCAGCGGAUGUGUGGCUACAACUUCACUGGAUCGGUCCACAGGCAGAAGAGGUCGGAAAGCCAUUUUCGCAUGCUGGCCUCAUGAAUUUAGGCUUACCUCAAGAUAGAGCCGGGUAGGUCGAGUGUUUUGUUUUUGAGAGUUGGU